GUGCUCAGUUCAAUACCGUUUCCCACCGAGUGCUCGCUUGCUUUCUCGAAGCGUGAGGGAGAAUUCGUCGAUCUUCUUCCUUUCCUUUCCCUUCCCUCCCGCUCUCUCAACUUCAGUCUGUGACCGCGCCAAAAGACACAGAUAUGGAAGAGCCCCAAGGCCACCGCCACCACCACCACCAUCGAGACCCUUCAAAAUCACCUACGGCCUCUCCACCAUCAUGCACCACAAGCACUUGCGUCAAAUGCGGCGGCCCAACCUCCUUCCCUUCGCCUCCACUAUCCUCAUGGCCCGAAAUGUCUCCGCCCCCUACGUACCGCCCAAUCCGUUCACCGGCCAUUAAUCUUCCCUCCAAUAACUCCCAAGCAAUAAUCCUCGCUCCCGUCCCUCAAUCCCAAAAGGUUCUUACAAUUUCCCCUCCUUAUAAAUUUCAAUUUCCCUCUAAGAAAAUUCAAUCCCUGGAUGAUAUUCGCCACUUCCACGAAUCCGAUUCCGGAAAGAAUUUCCUCGGCUUCGUUGUUGCUUUAUCCGAAUCCAUUCGCGGCCGCAAAAUCUCCGAUCCGUGCCAUGAAUCACCCACCGUAAAGACGAUACUGUCCAUUCUUCAAACCCUAAUGCAGUGGAUUGAGGAAAUUCCCCCGGUUCAGCAAGCGGCUCGCUACGGAAAUGUCUCUUACAGAACCUGGCAUAGCCGUUUGGAGGAAAAUAGCGAAUCAUUGAUGCUUCAAUUUUUACCUGAUGAUUUUAAAUGUGCAACGAUCGAGGUUGUUCCUUAUUUCACUGAUAGUUUUGGCAAUUCAAGCCGGAUUGAUUAUGGUACUGGCCACGAGACUAAUUUCGCAGCGUGGUUAUACUGCCUGGCAAGGAUGGGAAUUAUCAAGGAAGGGGAUUAUCAAGCUGUGGUAGCUCGGGUUUUCGUAAAUUACCUUGAUCUAAUGAGGAAAUUGCAAUUGGUUUACUGUUUGGAGCCAGCGGGUUCACAUGGUGUUUGGGGGCUCGAUGAUUAUCAUUUCUUGCCUUUCAUAUUUGGAUCAUCGCAAUUGAUUGAUCACAAGUAUAUGAAGCCCAAGUCAAUUCACAAUGAAGAUAUUGUGGAAAAUUUUUCCGAAGAGUACAUGUACCUUUCUUGUAUUGCGUUUAUCAAGAAGGUGAAAAAGGGGUUAUUUGCUGAGCAUUCGCCAUUGUUGGACGAUAUCAGUGGAGUGCCUAAUUGGAACAAGGUGAAUAGUGGGUUGCUUAAGAUGUAUAAGGCGGAAGUGUUGGAGAAAGUUCCAAUCAUGCAGCACUUUCUCUUUGGGUGGCUCAUUAAGUGGGAGUAGAAUGGAUUAUCAACUCUUUAGGAUCAUAUGCGAAGAAAUCAGGAGAAAUCAUUUUCCACCUAGUCUCACCCAGCACUAUUGCCUGUAGAUGGUUACCAGAUUGAAAUUAUAAUACAUUUUGUACCGUGAAUUAAUAUGAUUAUCUCCUCAAAGACUGUUCUCUUUUCUCUUUAAUUGGCUAUGCAGAUGCAGUGUCAGGUCAGUGCCUGCUUUUUUGUUUAAUAACAUGCAUUUUAUGUUGGUACAAAAAUUAUAUAUUGAAUGGUUAAUGGGAUGAAAUUCUAUGCUUA